AAAUUUACUCAAAAUGAAAAAGUCGUGUUUGUUUUACACGUACGACUCUGCUAACUUCACGGAAAAAAGCUCGCUGAUAGUGCUUAUCAUUCUGAACUCCGUGACUAUGGCGGCAACGAGUAUCCUCAACCUGCUCAUCAUGAUGGCAAUACGCCGCUCGCCCGCGCUGCACUCGCCCUCAAAAAUCCUUUUGUUCAGCCUCGCGACGUCGGAUUUCCUAGUAGGCAUCGCCCUACAGCCGAUGUACACCCUUCACUUGAUGUCUAUGGUGAGAGACUGGCCAAGUCUAUACUGCAUCUUCUCUUCAGUGCGUCGCCCGCUCGGGCUUUGCCUCUGCGCUGUAUCGACGUUUACCAUAACUUCUAUCAGUAUCGACCGCUGCCUUGCUGUGAGACUUAAGAUGGAUUACCCAAUAACAGUGACUUUCAAGAGAGUUGUGUCUUUUAUUGUGUUCGCAUGGAUUGUGGCGAUAUGUCUAACUGUUUUGCUGUUAAUCAUGGCAGUGGAAGGAAAUCCUGAAAAUAUGUAUAUCGUUGUCUUUGUCGCGUUAUUCACCUGUGUGCUGGUUAUUAUUGUGUCAUAUACACUGGCUUACCUCGCCCUGCGUAGAACAGUCACGCAUGCGCAGGAUAACUCACCCUCCGAAGCCCCAAGGCCCUCGAGACUCGCUUCCCCUGCUCAAAGACAUCACUCUUUUAGUGUUUCCAAGUACAAAAGAUCCUUCGCCACCAUGCUGUAUGUUGUAGUCUUCACCGUUCUCUGCUACGUACCGUUCGGGCUUGUGUCUGUGUUGAACGACCGUGUGGAUCUGCCGCUACACCAAUGGAUUGUGGUCAUAAACGCAUCCGAGCUUUGCGUCGUGCUGAACUCUGCACUAAAUCCGGUAUUGUACCUAUGGCGCAUGCGUGAGCUGAGAUCUGCCGUAGUCCGCACUACAAGGCGUAUAUUCGGCGCCACGAGGGUUGUAUAUAAUACAAACAAUACUACGCCAGACGUUAUUCAUGGUAGAGCGCAAAAUGAGCCAGUCCGUCUGAGAUGUUUGUCGAGAGAUCGAUACUUAGAAGGGAGGGAAAAGGUCCAAUCGCUAGGGGCUACCAAUGAUGUUAGUACUGCUCAGCACCCAGUCGAGGCUGCCUGUUAAAAGCCUUGGCCCCAUGCCUAUCCAGGCUGCGCGGCCAUAAUUUAUAUGAUAAGGGUAGAAAGAAAACAACUAGGCAACUUCUGUCUUGCUGGUAUGCGUCGGACCUUUUAAUUCAAUGUUAUAAAACGACGCAGAAUUGUGUGCGUUGUGUAAAUAUAUAUUCAGAAUACCCUGCCACAAUUGCUCUACCAAAGAAUUUUAACACCAAGGCAUCAAUACAAUGGGAGGUAUACGAAAUUAGGGAAUGGGGGGGAUACAUUUAAGUUCAAAAGUAGAAAACAAAGCUCAGGCAUGCAUUGGAAGAUGUUAUCAACAAGCCCUAAAUGCUUGUAAACAAUGAAGGACCAUAGGGAGGGGAGGGGAGUUUACAGAUAUCAGGGGGAAGGGGUAAGCUUUUCGAGGCUUAUAUAACCGGCCUCACGCUUCAAACGUAGAUCCCACGACACGUAUUAACUCAAAUCAUAAUAAAAAGUGAAAUGCUUA